AUGGGAAAGUCAACAAAGGAACAAAAGCAGGAAGUGGACUUCACACCUCCAUUGCCAUAUCCUCAAAGGUUCAACAAGGAAACUAAGGACCAACACUUUUCAAAAUUUCUUGAAGUCUUCAAGAAGUUGGAGAUCAAUAUUCCAUUGGCUGAAGCAUUAGAACAGAUGCCCCUGUAUGCAAAAUUCUUGAAAGAACUUAUCAACAAAAAGAGGAGUUGGCAAGUUAAUGAAACUAUACUGCUUACUGAAGAAUGCAGAGCACUAAUCCAGAAAGGACUUCCACCUAAAAUUGGAGAUCCUGGAAGUUACCUUUUACCAUGCACCAUUAGAAGUAUGACUAUCAACAAGGCGAUGUGUGACUUAGGAGCUAGCAUCAAUCUAAUGCCUGUCUCUCUAGUGAAAAAGUUGUGCAUAAAAGAGGUGAAACCAGUACAAAUGUCUCUAGAAUUGGUGGAUAAGUCAGUGAUAUAUACCAGGGGUGUAAUUGAGAAUUUUCUAGUCAAGGUAGACAAACUUAUCUUCCCUGCAGAUUUUGUAAUCUUAGAAUCAGAUCAAGACGAGGGUGACUCCAUUAUACUAGGAAGACUGUUCUUGGCCACUGCUAGGGCCAUUAUAGACGUAGAGCAAGGGGAAGUAACUCUCAGAAUGCAUGAUGAAAGUGUAACCUUGAGUGUACUGCAAGAAACACAGUUCAACAAUGAAAAGAAGGAAAAUACAGAAACUGACAGAGAAAAUCUGCAAUGGAAGGAGGGAAUCAGCAAGACAAACAACAGCUGCAUCCCCAGGCAAGAGAUAGAUGAUACCUCUCACUAG